GUUUUUAUGUGUGUUCAAUGUGAAAUGUUGUCCUAGUUUUUUAAACUAAAAAAUCCCCACAAAAUUUGCGAGUAAAGUAAAAUUUGAACGUGUUGAGCAAAAGGACAAGAAUGUCCGAAUUAAAACGUGUCCCAAUUGCAACAAUUGGCGAUGUGGACAAGGAGAAAAAGGCAUCGAAUUCCGUGCGCUUGGAGUUGAAGCUCUUUGAACCCAACGCGGUGGAGUUUCCCGAAUUCAACUACCAAACGCUCCUUCAUGGCGAAAAGAAGAAGCGCAAGAAGAUGUCGAAAAUCAAUGGAUUCGCCCCAUCAAGUAGUGAUCCCUUUGAGAAUGAUGACGACGUCGCGCGGAUUGCCAAGGAAUUGGAAAAGAAAUACGGUACAAAUAGCUCCUAUACAAAGAAACGUAGCGGCCGAAUACCCGGCGAUUUGUGUGACAAAGGCGCUGGAUACGAUGAAAGUGAUUCGUUUAUCGAUAACACCGAAGCGUACGAUGAAUUGAUUCCGGAUGAGAUUGAAACAGUUCGUGGGGGUUUCUACAUAAACUCCGGCCCAUUGGAAUUUCAACACUUAUCCAAUUACGAACGACCCGAUGAUGCUCAAAAGAUGCCAAAACCCAAGAAACGCGUACUCUCCACUUCAUCGUCAAGUAGUGAGGAUGACAAUGAAGAUAGGAGGAAUGUUAUCAAGGCUACGGGGGAGGCAGCAAAGAAUGGGCAUCAUGAGAAGAAAAUCAAGACUUCAAAUGCAGCAGCAGCAACAACAGGAGAUGGGAAGAGCACAAAGACCCCCAAGGUGGUCAGUACGGGGGAGAAUACAGCAAAAAGGAGCGAUGUUAAGACGAAGGCUGAUGCCCAGGAUUUGGGGAAGGAGAGAUUACUCAAAACAACCACCGUGAAGGACAUGCUGCGUGCUAAGCGUGACAAUCUGCGCAAUAUGCAGGAAGCUGCCCAAAAGCGUGACAAUGAUGUCGAUGGAAUUGACUUGAGUAGCGCCCCAAUGACGUCGGAAUCAUCCAAUGAGAGUACAGCCGUUGAUAUUGCAAAUGGGGUGAAGCCUGAACCGAAAUUGCCGGCAAAUCUCAGUGAAGACAUCCUCAGGAAUAUUAUUAUGCUCAAGGAAGCCGCCAAGGUGUCUGCAUCGAUGGGAAAGGCGAAUUUCUUCGAUGCAAAAGUGCAGGAGGUGUUGUUGCGCAUUGAAAAUGCCACAAGAUCCGCUGGAGGGCAUAUUCGCAAUCAGGUGUACUCCUACCUGGAGGCCCAUCUGCCGUGCAGCAAACAAACACUCAUGUUGCGCGCUAAGAAGAUGAGAAUUCAGCAAGAGGAGGCGAGGGUGGAGAAGGCGGUGGCUAAGCUCAAACGAGGGAUUGAGGAAGUCAUGCCGGGUGCUGUGGAGGCGUACAAGAAGGAAUAUGAGAGGGUGAUGGAGCUGAAGAAUGGUAUGGCCAUCAUGGGGAUUCCGGAGAAGGAGAAUGAUCUCAAGUUGCCAAAGAAACAGUUUCCAUGGACUGAUACGACGCGUGAUUUACUAAAUGCCGUCGUUACUACGUGUAGGGCUGCUUUUAGUACGGUUAAAUCGCGCAAAGUUACCUUUGAGGACUACAUCAUGGAUUGCCUCGUGACAAAAGUCCUCCCAAUUUGGCCACAGGGUUGGAUGAAGAUUGAGGGGCUUCUCAAGGAGAUGGAUGGGAAGGGGGUGGUUGUUAGUAAGGUGCCCAAGGAGGGGAGUAGUGGGGAUGUAAAAGUCCCACCAAUGGCACCUUCUAGCAGCUCCUCAACAGGUGCAGCAAAGAAUCCAUCUGCAAUGGAAAAACUCGAUACGAAAGUUCCGUCCAAUUCUGCUGCGACUACUUCAGCACAAGCACUGAAUGCAGCCCCACCAGUGGCCACAACGUCAUUUCCGUGUAGUAGUAGCCUCACAAUAACCCCCGUGAGCUCAACAGCUCCAACGUCAAAACCUCUUCCGGUUGUGCAGAACAAGGUGACAAUCACAAAUGUCGAUGGAGUGAGUAAGGCAGCGAAGGUUCCGGCUAUUCCCAGUGUACCCCCGCACCUUCCCAGUGGACUAAGUAUCUCCAUAACGAACUCCUCAACACCCCCACCCCUGCCUGUUGUCACCCACAGUACGACAGUCGUCAAAACAGCUCCAAGAUCACCGCCAAAAGAAGCCACACCUCCUCCCAAGAAGUCAUUUGAUUACAGUAUUAGCAGCAUCAUCUCCUCCACAACAUCCGCACCACCUGCCGCCGCAUCCACCAAUCCACCUGCAAUACAACAAUCUCAACCAGCAAAAGGAGAAGCCGAAAGGUCAGUAAUUGAUGUGGAGGAGAAGGUUAAACAACCACCAACUGAUGCAGGUACAUCAGUUCCACCACCAAAGACUCGUCCAACACCGAGUACAACGGUCAUAGCAGCUGCGGAGAAGGUAAAUAGUGCCCCAAAGCCGGAAGUGACAAUCUUCGAGGAGCUCAGCAGCACAACAAGUGAGACUGAUUCGGACACAGACAGUAGCAGUGAUUGUGAGAUAAUUGAAAAUAGCCCAAAUGCAAAGAAGAAAAUCACAGCAGUUCCCAAGACAACGAUUCUUCGGGCACCUAAACCCCCUGCACCUGGUGCGGGAUCAUCAAGUACUUCCGGUGGGGCCCAAAUGAAGCGCGACAUGGAUCCAUUGGCACUCACAAAUGACAAUGAUAUUGAUGUUAAUCAAAUAAUGAAGGAACUUAAAGAGCUACAGGAAUUCCAGCAAGUUAAUUCACGCGCAACAGGAGCUUUUACGAGUAAGAAAACAUCGGAUACCUCGGAGUAUAGCAUUGGUACAUUGGAUGCAGCUAGAUUAAAUGAAUUAAAGAGAAACUUAAGUAUACAACAACAUAUUAAUCAUCAUCCUGAACUGCACGACGAAAAGUUAUUUCAUGAAAUCACUGAAGAUUAUUUCUCUAAGCUGUCAGAUGAGAUAAUACUCCAGGUAUUCAAAUGGCUUCCCAAGAAGACACUGAUGAAGUGCAGUUUAGUCAGCACGCGCUUCCUGCGCCUCACACAGGAUGAGACGUUGUGGGCACGAAUGGAUCUUGCUGGGAAAUCCUUCAAAGCAGAGGCAAUUGGCCGAAUAAUAACGCGUGGUGUUAUUAUCUUGCGACUAGCUCAGACAAAAAUCAUCGAUCCCAUUUUUGAGGCAGAUUUCUUCAUUCGCAAUGAGCUAUUUGAGAGCAAAUUGCAGUAUUUGGAUCUCAGUAUGUCCAGCAUUACACCCACGGGACUCCAGCAGCUUCUAAAGACGUGUCGACAGCUGCGGAAACUCAGUUUGGAACAUAUUCAACUCAAUGAUGGGGUUUGUGAGGAAAUUGCACAGAAUACUGACCUGGAGGUGCUCAAUCUAACACUCUGUAGUAGCGUAAGUGCACGAGGAUUGAGAAGUAUCCUCCACAAUCUAGAUAGAUUGCAGAGCCUCAAUAUUUCUUGGACAAAUUUGGAGACUGAUUCUGUUGCCAUACUCGUGGAGAAAAUUUCCCCCAAUAUCCUUCGAUUGAAUCUAGCAGGAUGCAGGAAAACCCUAACAGACGAUCAUAUUUCUACGCUAGUUGAAAGAUGCCCAAAUAUCCGUGAAUUGGAUGCAUCUGAUUGUAAUUUAUUGACAGUGGAAGUCGUGAAAAUUAUAAUAAGAUUCAAGAAUUUGGAAUAUCUCUCACUUUCGAGGUGCUACAGUAUUUCAGCAUACGCCUUUAUGGAUUUCCAAAAUAUGCCAUCUCUGAGCUUCCUGGACAUUUUUGGCAUGCUCACUGAUGGUCAACUGAAAGUUGUCAUGAAUUCCCUUCCAAAUAUUGGCAUAAAUAAAUUCAUCAAUAGUGCUGUUGCGAGGCCAACCGUUGGCACACGACGUACAUCCAUUUGGGGUCUAAGGACACGUGAUUGAGUAUCUCAAAGUUUAUUUUUUUAUAAGAAUUUCAGUGAAAAGCAAUUUAAUUCUAUUCUAUUAAACUGAUCAAUCUUUGUGUAGCAUUUUCUCUGAAUUGAAUACAAAUUAUCUACAACAUAAAA